AUGAAGGCUUAUGAAUUCUCAAUCCCUCCAAUACCUAGUGAAAGGUAUUGGCCCAAGAUUCACCACCCUAUGGAUCCACCACCAAUAAGAUCUCAACCUGGGAGGCCUAAGAAGAAUAGAAAGAGGGAUCCUCAUGAGGAUCCAAAGAGACCAGGGAAACUUACCAAGCAUGGGGUGAUAAUGACUUGUGGUAAUUGUGGGGGUAAAGGUCAUAACAAGAGAAAAUGUACUGAACAGGGAAAUCAACAAUCUACUGCAGGGUCUGCUAAAAAGAGACAGAAGGGAACAAAAAAGUCAAGCCAGAAGUCAACUCAGCAAUCUGCUCCAUUACCUUCACAAGGAACAACUCAGCAAUCUACUCCAAUACAUUCACAAGGAACAACUCAGCAAUCUACCCAGGAGGGAAGCAAAAUUACCAGCCAGAAGUCAGCUAAAAAGUCAACUGUCAAGUCAACUCUCAAGUCAACUGUCAAGCAUCUUUGUCCUUUUCCAAAUCUUCCCGGGAGAUCUCAUUCUUAUUAUUAUUAUUAUAAUAUUAUUUUAUUAAUUAAUAUUAAUACAACUGCACCUUCUUCUACCUUCUUCCACCUUCAUCACCAUCAUCUUCAUCUUCUUCAUCAUCAUCUUCACACAUUUCAAAACCCUAACCCUAACUCCUUCAACUCUCCAAUGUCAUCUCUCUGCGAUUUCUGCAACCACCGAUCAGCAGUCCUUUACUGCAAAGCCGAUUCAGCUAAGCUCUGUUUGUUCUGCGACGCCGCCGUACACUCUGCCAACGCCUUAUCUCUCAAACAUUUCCGAUCUCAGAUCUGCGAUAACUGCAGCUCCGACGCCGUCGCCGUCGCUUGUUCCACCGAUAACCUCCUUCUCUGCUCCGCCUGCGACCACGACUUCCACGGCGACUCCUCAAUUUCCUCGUUUCACAACCGUUUCACUGUCGAUGAGAUCUCCGGUUGCCCUAGCGUCACCGAACUCGCUUUCGUUUGGGGAUUUAGCUUGAAACCGGUAGUAUCCGAGUCUUCUAACGGUAAUUCGUGUCAAAAUAAGCAUUCUGUUACGAAUUUUGUUCAGGAUUUACCGGCUAUACGUGAUGAGAUUGAAACUCGUUAUUGUUAUGAUGAGGUACCGAGUGUAGAGUGGAAAUCACGAGGUUUAGGUUGUGGUGUGCAUAAGAAGGUUUUGUAUAAGCAGUUGUUGGAGCUUGCGAAGGAGCGGUGUGAUGGAGAAGGAGGUGAAUUAGGGCCGCAGACUCCGAGUGGAUGCGGUCAGCCGGAGGUAGCGGAAGGUUUUGAGUUUGACGAACAGGAGGAGGAUUUGUUGCAUCAGCAAACUCCUUUGACGUAUUUGCUAAUGCCGAAUCAGAAUUGUUCGAAUUCGAAAGGGAAUGGGGUUACUGAGUUUAGUAAUGUGUGGAGUUAUAGUCCUAAACGGCAUACAAGUCAGAUAUGGGAUUUCAAUCUAGGAAGAUCAAGAUCUGCUGAGGCAAGAUGUGAUAAUCUUGGAUUUGCAAUAAACAACUGUACUGACCUUGUUGAGGAUGCUUCUUUCACAACAAUGGAAGUGUUAAAAGAAAUGGAGGCCAUAAACAUACCCAUUGCCACAAAUCCAUCACAGAAUAUAUCUGGUUGCGGAUCAACAAUGGAGAGUGACAACAGACAAAUUGCCGGACCAUCAUCAGAAACAAAAUUGAUGGAAAUCAACGGAUGUGAUUCGAUCAUGGAUGGUCAGAUGAUAGACAGGUUUCUAGCAACUAGUCAAGGAAUAGAAAUACCAACAACAACAAAAGUGGAUGCUCAGCAGUACGCGCAGAACAGAUCCAAUGCAAUGCUACGCUACAAGGAGAAGAAGAAAACACGGAGGUACGAGAAGUGCAUCCGUUACGAGUCCCGAAAAGCAAGGGCAGAUACUAGAAAACGAGUAAAAGGCCGGUUUGUGAAGACAACCCAAUAAACGACAAAUAAAAGUUUUAUUUAUUAAAAUGUGGUCAACGCCGCUAGCUUGAUAAAAAAGUAACCUUUGUUUAGUGACCGACGACUAUGUGAUAAAAAGGUCGCUUGUAAUGGUGAAUCACCGAGAUUGAUUUAUUUCUUGAAGGUGCCAAAAGGUGUGUCCGACCGACGAGAUGCAAUGAGACCUGGGAUCCUCAUCCUGUCAACAUCUGCCACGAAGCAAAGAUACCUCGUAACUUGGACAACCUUGAACCUAGAGACUUUUUAUUAGUGUCUUAUCACAAUAUGGAAAUUUAUUAUGGCAUCCAAUAAUAAAUAAAUGUUUAUUAUAAAUAGAGAUUGUUAAAAGAUACUGGGCUGUUCAUUCAAUUUGGGUUAUACUGUUUUAUUUAUUGGGCCUAAUAUGUGGGUUGUGUCUACUGAUCGUUAUUAUUGUUUAAGUUGUUAUAACAGAUUCAUGGGCCAGAUAUUUUGGAGGUAGUCCGUUGUAACUUGCAGGGGUGUAUUUUGGACAAUCUGAUACUUCAUGGUGCUAAGUGAAUCUGUUGAUCAGCAGGAGUAUAAAAGUCACUUUCUCUCUCAUUUGAUCAUUAUUCACUCCCAAUUAUUGUUACGUUUCUCUGUUUAGAUCUAGGGUUUGUUAUCUCCGGUUGUAUCUCCGGUUGUACUUUGUCUUCUCUCAUCUGUUGGAGAGAUCUGCUGUACUUGUUGGUAUAGAUGAUCAUCAGUGGAUGAUCAUCAAGUCUGGUUGUAUCGUUCCUCUUUGUAUUGAUCUUACGAUUGUAAGAUCUAGGGUUUGGGGGGUACUUUUUUGGUUUGGGUUAAAUAAGAUUUUGUCACUUUGUUUUGUCGCUA